AUGGCCGCUUCAUCAUUCGUCCCCUUUCGUGCUAAUUCAGUACUUCGACAUUAUGGCGAUGAUGACUCAAGUAAUAAAUCCUACGUGAUCGGCUCAUUGGAAACAAUCAAAAAAGCAAUGAAUGUGAAAUCAUUAAAUGAAAUGCUGAAAUGUAUUAAAAAUAUGAGAAUUUAUUCGAGUACAGUUGAAAAAGAUAUACGCAAUUAUGAUGAUAUCAUCUAUUUGAACAAUGUUAAUAUAAAAUAUGAUGAAUUAAUGGGACGUUAUCAAUCAACAAAUUUAAUUCAAAUUGGAAAACAGCGUUUAAAAGAUGAUCGAUAUGUCCUACUGAAUGAUGUUAUUAAACAACAAAAGGAAACAGAAAGACAGCUCUACCAACAACAGCGAUUACAACAAAAGAAUAUCAGGAAAUCGAGCGGUGCAUCUCGUUUAAUUACCUAUGCACAUGAUACAUUUCCUCAAACACAACAAAAACAAAAUGACGAAGUUUUAUAUAUUAAACGUGUUAUCGCUGCUCAGCCGUCAGCAUUACAAGCCAUUUAUUUAGAAGCAUUAGUUGAUCCCCAUUGGUGGGAAAAAGAUCAAAUAUUAUUGAAUUCAUCACCCAUUAAUGAGCAACUUUCGUCAUCAGAAAGACAACGACUAAAUGAUAUUUUAUCUCGAUUUGAGUAA